UCUAGCUUUAACUUAGCUCACCAAUUUUUUUUAUUUUCCGAGCUGCUUCUUUUAAUUAAUUUGCUUCAGGUGGUACGGGUAAGUAAGAAAUUUGGUACCUUUUAAUUUUUUUGUGAUUUUUUUUAAUUGUUUGGGGUUCAAGAUUUAGUACCCAGAUAGAUUUUAAUUAUGUUUUAUGUAUAAAGAAUUGUUUUUUAAUUAGAGGGUAUGUUAAAGGAGAUUAAUGGUUAAAGUUAGGUUGAUGUGGGUUGCCUUAGAUCCAGGGAAUUGAAGUUUUAGGUGAAGAAAGGUGGUGGCUUUUUAGGGUUUUCUUGUGAUUUUGAUUGGAAUUGGUAAUAAAUUUUAAGUUUUUUGAUUUAUGUGAGGUAUUUCUCAUGACCCUUUUGCUUUAUGAUUCUUGGGUUAUGCAUGGAAUUUGAAUUCUUUUGAGUUUAUCACAUGUAUUGAAGGGUAGGUGUUAAGGAUAGGAUUUAAGGUAUUAUGUGGUUGGUUCAAUCUGAAAGAAUAGAGGUUGAAAGGAAUUUGAUAAGCUCUUGAAGAUAAGUCCUUGAAAUUUCUGAUAAUUAGAGCCUUAGAUCCGAUUGUUCUUCACGAGAUCUGAUAACCCCCUUUUUAACUGCUGAUUUGACUUCAAGUUGUAGAUACUAGAUAGUAUUUUCUUUAUAAGGAGACCAGAAAAAGUAAAAAAGGAGCAAGUUGGUAGGUCAUUUAAUGUUAUAAGAUGGGAGUGGAAUUGUUUUUAGCACCUGUGAGGUUUAUCUUAGAAGUUUAAUGAUGAAAAGUGAUGAAGAUGACGAAAAUUGGCGGUUUCUGUUAGAAUAAAAGGAAUUAGUAGGGAUAGUUAUAACUGUCGAUUUAACGUAGAGUGUGGAAUUAAUGGAAGAGAUGUCCCCUGCAGUUGCACUGACGCUUAGUUUAGCUAAUUCAAUGUGUGAGAACUCAGGGAUUUCGACUCAUGUAGAAAUUACUCGUUUAAAGCUUGUUACGGAUACUGUAAGCUUGUUGUCUGAUCCUGUUAAGGUGCUGUCUAAGGAGGCUACUUCUGUAAGUAGUGGAAGCCAUAAUGGUGCUAUUAAUGAAGUCGUUUUCGCCACCUCGUCUUCAACUCGAGAUGUUGCUACGGAGAAUGGAAACUGUUCAAUUCAUACUGAUGCUGUAAUUCAGGAAAGUGAUGAAGAUGAAGUAUUAUCGGUUGUGGAAGACACACCUGGAAUUAUGACCGAAGAGUUGUUGGCAUUGGAAGCAGUAUCCGAGAUAAGUUUGCCAAAAUCUGCUGAAAUUGAUGAUAGCCAGCUCAUUGCUAAGGCUAUCAUCGUGGAGUCAUCGAAUGAGGUGCAGGUGCCAACGGCAAAACUCCUCAUUGCAGCAGUUGGCCCAAAUGCAGAUAACUCUGAAGGCUCUGAUUUGAGGGCAUCUGCGGUGGUUCUUAAAUUGCCUAGUGAGAAGAACAUCCCUAAGGGAGCUAUCCGGAGUGUAUUUGAGCUUGACUGUUUACCUCUUUGGGGUUCUGUAUCUAUCUGUGGAAGAAGACCCGAAAUGGAAGACGCAGUUGCAGCUGUUCCUCGGUUUGGAAAAAUUCCUAUUAAAAUGCUCAUUGGCGAUCGUGUUGUUGACGGUUUAAGUGAGAAUUUAACCCAUUUAACAAGUCAUUUUUUUGGUGUUUAUGAUGGCCAUGGAGGUAUUCAGGUUGCUAACUAUUGUCGUGACCGAAUUCAUUGGGCAUUGGCUGAAGAGAUUGGAAAUGUAAAAAAUGAUUCAAACGGUACGAGCAUGGAGGGAAAUGUACAGGUCCAAUGGGAUAAAGCCUUCACUAAUUGCUUUCUUAAGGUUGAUGAUGAGAUCGGAGGUAAAGGUACCAGAGGCCGUAUGGAAGGCUGUGCAGAUAUUUCGCAGGCCAUUUUCGAGCCUUUGGCACCAGAAACAGUUGGAUCUACUGCUGUGGUUGCACUGGUAUGUUCAUCUCAUAUCAUAGUUGCCAAUUGCGGUGAUUCAAGAGCAGUGCUUUAUCGAGGAAAAGAAUCAAUGGCAUUAUCAGUUGAUCAUAAACCAAAUAGAGAAGAUGAAUAUGCAAGGAUUGAGGCAUCUGGGGGCAAGGUGAUACAGUGGAACGGACAUCGUGUUUUUGGUGUUCUCGCUAUGUCAAGAUCAAUUGGUGAUAGAUACUUGAAACCAUGGAUCAUUCCAGAACCUGAAGUCAUGUUCAUUCCUCGAGCUAGAGACGAUGAAUGUCUUAUCUUAGCAAGCGAUGGCUUAUGGGAUGUAAUGACAAACGACGAAGUAUGCGAAAUAGCUCGAAAGCGGAUUCUACUAUGGCAUAAAAAGAACGGAACAACAGAUGCCCAAGCCGAAAGGGGGAAUGGAAUUGAUCCUGCAUCUCAAGCUGCAGCUGACUACCUUUCGGUGGUGGCAAUGCAAAAAGGAAGCAAAGACAACAUUUCAGUGAUUGUGGUUGACUUGAAGGCUCAAAGAAAGUUCAAGACCAAAUCUUAGUCAAUGCUUAAGUUGCCUUGUAGCUCAAGUCUUAUAUUAUAUAGCUACUACAUAUUAGAGAAAGUGCAUCUAAUUAAUAUUAAUACAUAGCUAGCUUGGUCCAUUCCUUUUUCUCUAUGGGCUUAAUGUGUGUACAAGAAUAGAAACUAGUGUGCUUAACAAGUGUAUCGGAAUGCGAUAUUGCCGGUGUUUUUUGAUAACCUUGCUUUAAACUUUAAUGGUUAUGUAAAUUUCGAGUUCUUGCA